GCUAUGCAGAAGCGCCUUCAAUGACACUCCAACUUUAUGCUGAUUGUAUGCCGAUUAAACAAUUUAACAGCGCGUUUUCACCUUUUAAUUCACAUCAGAGGAGAUAUGUGAAGGAUCGCCCUCCUCAGAAAUCGCUAAACUGUUUGAAAUGAAGUGCCUGAAGGACUAUAAAAUUGUCGUGACGGCUUAGAAGGCUCCUCUUUAGGGGAAUCGCGGCUCGCUGUUAGCUUUGAGCUAACUGACUUCAGAAGCGACUCGGCACCGAGCAGAAGCAUGAACUGUCCUCCCACGAAACGCCUUCGAGGCCUGAACCAGGACGUGGUGACGGCCUUCGAUGACCCGUUCGGGGAUGACGAAGACUUCACUCAGGACGAUCUGGAUGAAAUCGACAUCAUUGCCUCACAGGCCAUCACCUCCACCGCAGUGCACUCUGGAAUAGGGUCUGAAGCAGGAAACAAAGCGGUGGAGCCGAGCCGCUUGUCAACCAGGUCAACGUCGGCUGCGCAAAACAAGCCUCCGAGCAGAUCGACGGCAUUUCAGAGCCGAGCGAACACAUUUGGCGUCAACAGAGGGAAUGCUGGGAUAUCAAGCAGGGAGCCUCUCGCAUGUAACAGGCAGCAGCCGCAGCUCGGGUCGGGCAGGGAAGACUCCUACAGCGUGCUGGAGGCUCAGCAUGCUGAGCUGAAGAGGAGGCUGAAGGAGGUAGAGGAGGAGAUCCUGUUGAAAAGCGGCGAGAUUCGUGUCCUGAGAGACUCUUUGAAAGCAGCUCAGCAGGAGAAGGAGGCUCAAAGACAAAACCAGAUCCUGCUGGAUACUCAGAGGCAGAAAGAGCAGAGUGACAAAGAGGAGCUCAACAAGAAGGUUCAGUCUCUGCAGACGGAGCUUCAGUUUAAAGAAGCAGAGAUCAAUGAGAUGAAGACCAAACUGCACAAUUCAGACAGAAACAAACUGGGGUCUCCGCCCGCCAGGAGCAGCCCGAGGACCACGAGUUCUGUUGCCCAGAAGCAUCAUGGGAGUGGCAGUAGCUCUUCCUCUCCAAUAGGAAAUGGUUUCAUCACCAAGGAGGCGUUUCUGGCUCAGGCAUCAUCCAGGAUAACCACAGUAAAGGCAAAACGAAACGCAGAUUGUGUGUCCAGAUUAGAAGCAUCUCGCCCAGACCCCUUUCAGACUGUCAGACCUGCUCACUCACGGCACAGAGGCGGUGUCCUGCUGGGGUUGUUGCUGCAGCAGCCUCUGUCUCCCAGCAGCCUCGGCCUUUCUCACCUGCUGUCCAUGAGUCUGACUGACAUCAGCCUGACAACAUCCAGCCGGCUCUCAGAAGGUUUCAUGCUUCGCUCUGAUGUGCCAGCCGGCGCCGCUGGAGCUCCCAGAGCAGCUCUGAGUCCGGUCCAGAGUCUGGCUGUAACUGGACUGAACAUGCUGAGUCAGAACCAGAGACCAGCUGGGCUCGGCAGCAGCAGCAGCAGCAGCAGCAGCAAAGACAGGUCGUGUCCCGGAGCCGUCCUCCUCCUCCCUCUCCUGGACCUUCACCUCUCUCGGCUCUGUCAGGCUCUGGACUCGCCGGCCUCCGCCUCCGCUGACGCCGGUGACUCACGCUCGUCUGCCGACGGCUCCGUCCCGGCAGGCCGCGCUGCCUCGGCUGGGAUUGGACGACCCGGGGAGACGUGUCCGCCUGUCUUCAGCAGCGAGGAGAACGGCUUAGCUGCUCUGAGGCUCCUGUAUCUGCUGCUGGCUCACAGCGACGAGGUGGUGGAAGCUGUGCUGUCUAACAAGAGUGACAAAAACAACAAGGGUGAAGGAUUUGCUCCAGGUAUUGGUUUCAGCUCCCAGAAUCCCUUGCUGCAGUCGUUGCUGCGGUUGUGUGAUGCAGGACUUGGUGGAAGCAGCUCACAUGGGGAGGAGAUCGCCGUCAAUGCCGUGCGGACGCUGUGUGUUCUCACAGAUCGGGCGCCACAAACGCACAGUGACAGGUUGCAGUGCGUUCUGCAGAGGGUGUGUAUGUGGUCCGCAGAGAGCCGGCUGCAGGUGGUUUCGGAGUGUGUCGGCGUGCUCACGUCGAUGUGUGACCACCAAGCGCUGGCCGGGCAGCUCUGCUCUCAGCACGACCCUUGUGUUUUCCUGAAGUUGCUCCAGAUGAUCAGGACCAGAUCGGACAACAAGGCAACACACACAGAAUCUGUCCUGCUGGAUCUGAAGGUGGUUCGAUUGUUGAACAGACUGAUGAUUCAGAGGACAGAAACCUGGACCACCAGUCUGCAGAAGUCCUGUGUGUGCAACACGGAGCUGGUCCAGACGGUGGUGAUAGUUUUACAUCGUCAGUGGCUCGACGUCCGAGGAUCCGACAGUCCAGCUGACUCAGCAGUCUGGCCGCCGCAGCGGUGCCCCGCCUCCCCCGUGCCGUGGUGGCGCGGCGCGGCGGCGUCUCUGCUCAGAGAGUGUUUGCUGCUGCUGCACUGGCUGCUGCUGCAUCACAGCAGCUUCUCGGAGAGCUGCAGGCCGCUGCUGCACAUGUACGACCAGGUGAUCCCCGCCGUGCGAGACACGCUGAAGAAGAUCCCAGAGCUCAGCGAGAGCGAGGAGCUGGCGCUGGAGGAAAUCUGUCGCUCCGAGGGCGAUGACAUGGACGUGGACAGUAGCUCCUGAUUGGCUGCCGCUGAGCGGACGUUAAGGAGCCUUCUCUGACGGUUAAUUGGAUAUUUCUGAGAAGAUGGAGCUCUAACAUGCACUCUUUCCUCGUCACUUGUUUAUUUUCGUGUUUUCUGUUUGUCUUGUCUUUGUUCCUGCCUCUCUUCUGCUCCAUGAAGUUCAUCACGACUGAAGCUGAUUUCAAAUAAUUUGUUCUUCACAAUUUCCAUGUAGUGUAGAAAUGGCAUAUUUCAGCUUUUCUUUAUAUUCACACGAUCACCACUAAGCUUCAGUUGCUUUGAAGAAAUGUGGAAGAAGCCUUUUGCUUUCAUUGGAAAAUAUUGUCCUGUUUUUAAAUUAACUGCAUUUCACACACGAAAUAUUUAACGAGAAUUUUUUUUUUUAAAUCUCGGGAUCUGUUUUUCUGAAUCAGCUAGAAGUCGUGAUAACAACAAGUGGGACUCUGUUAUCUGUGGAAAAGCUGAUAUUAAAAACAUUUCUUCAGGCUUUUUUUUCCUGAAUUGAUCUGAAAAACAGUUUCAGUUUGUUGAAACAGAAUUCCCUGUCCUGAAGCACGAUAAAGAUCAUCUUGAAACAGAUCUGAUGCUAUGUGACCAGUUUGGUAGGUAUUUCUCUGUUUUUAAUAAUAAUAAUAAAAAAAAAAACAUUUG